AGGCGUAUUCACAAUUAUUUGAGGAUAAAAAUAAGAUAAAUAACCACCUAAAAUGAGUCUUAGGUGGAAAAAAGUGAUGAAGUCCAGACCUGCUGAAGACACUGGUGGAGAUAAAACCCCAGCAAAGCAUAAUGAUGUUGAGCGAUCUUCUGAUGAAGGUUCAGACUCCGUUGAUCAGGCAAUUAUUUGCCAGGCAGAAGACGAAGGUGCUUGUGAAAUAACCGGGUGCGUUGUUUUAAAUCCCAAAAGCAUUGUUGUAGCCGACCUCUGGAACAAGUCAUUGAAACUAUUGAGCACAGACGCUUCCAAGCCCGAAGUUAUAAGCUGCUUGAAGCUGGAAUGCAGUCCCUUUGACCUGACCUUGAUCCCUGGGGACAAGAUCGCUGUAACAGUUCCAGAGGAGGAGAAGAUAGUGUUUGCGUCUAUUCAGAAGGAAGCGCUUUCUCUUGAUGAUGCGCCUGGUAAGGGGAAAAGAGAUGGAUUUUAUUUGCACUGCAAGAGUUAUGGGAUAAACUACAGCGACCAAAAGCUAUACGUUGUUAUACGAAAGAAAGAUAACGAAGAAAAUUAUCAACUUUUGAUCUUGAAUGUAGCUGAUGGCCCCACUUUGAAAUCCAUUCCAAUGCAGCAGUACCGGGGGUUCCGAUACUUGACCAUUUGUCAUGAUAAAAUCUAUAUGACAUCUGACUCAGGCACUUUGCGAUUUAAGAAGCGGACAGGUGAUAUAAAAUUUGUUGAUAAGGAUAGAUUUUCGUACGGCAUCAUCGAAGUCGAUGGGGACAUCAUUGUCUGCAAUAAGUCCAGGAACAGUGUUCACACGGUUUCCCGAAGCAGCAAAUUGGCUUACUUCUCUGGUAGAAAGGAACUCCUGGCGAUUCCGAAGCCCUUGGCACUUUGUUACUGUCCGGACACAAAGAGACUGUUUGUUUCUCAGUCAAGAGAGAGUGGGGGUCGAGCAAACGUGUUGACUGUUCGUCAGAUGAAGUAGACAAUGUCAACCCGUACUAAAUGCAUAUGUUGUAAAAUAACUUUUUGUAUGACGAUCUUUCCAGAGUUACUUCCUAACCUAUUUGAAUAUAUUAAAUAGACCUACCCUAGUAACAACUGAUUAAAGCAACCCAUUUUUAUAAUUUAAACAACUAAUUAUCCCCCGCCUAUGAAAUAGGGAGGAGGAUAUUGAAAUGGCGUUGUCCGUCCGUCCUUCUGUCCGUCCGUCCGUCUUUCCUUCCGUCCGUCCUUCCUUCCGUCCGUCCGUCCGUCACCUGCGUUUUCUCAGUAACUAGGCGGUAUAAUUUCAUGAAACUUAAAAUAAAUAUGAACCACUAUACUGCAAUGAUGCCCGUCCAAAAAAAAUCGAUUGGUCAAUUGUCCUUGGAGUUAUUGCCCUUGAUUUUUUGAAAAAUGCACAUUCACAGCCAUUUCUCAGUCACUAGCUGGCAGAAUUUCAUGAAACUUAAAAUAAAUAUGAAUUACUAUACUGGGAUGAUGCCUGUUUAUUUUUUUUGAUUGGUCAAUUGUACUUGGAGUUAUUGCCCUUAAAUUUUUUGAAAAACUCUCAUUUACAGCCAUUUCUCAGUAACUAGUUGGUAGAAAUUCUUAAAACUUGAAAUAAAUAUGAACCAACAUACUGCGAUGAUGCCUGUUUAUUUAUAUUUUGGAUUGUGUAAUUUCUAUAUGAGUUAUUUGCCCUUGAUUUAUUAAAAGAUCCAUGUUUGCAGCCUUUUCUAUGCAACUAGCUGGUAGAAUUUCAUGACACUUGGAAUAAAUAAGAACCAACAUACUGUGAUGAUGCCUGUCUAUUUUUCUUUUGGAUUGGUCAAUUUUCCUUAGAGUUAUUGCCCUUGAUUUAUUAAAAGAUCAUUGUUUGCAGCCGUUUCUCAGUAAAACCAAUGUGCUUAUCUUAUUCUUUCUGAGAUUGUUUUUAACCUUCAAGCACAAACAAGCCAUCAAGCACAAACAAGCCAUCGUUGGCGGGGGAUAUCUUUUCACUGAAAAUGCUUGUUAACAUUAUAUUCUCCAUUUAGGCUUUUGUCCACGUGCACGUAGCGUAUCUCGUUUGUACAUUAAGCCAGAAGAAAAUGUGUAUACUCUAUUUAGGCAUUUCGAGAUUUUCUGACAUUGUUAAACUGCAGUAAUUUAUAGUUAUUUUAUGCUAGAUAGUAUAUAGGAGUGAACCCUUUGAUAAACCUGAAGAAAAAAAUAAAUAUUUUAGAUUAAAUGUCACUAAAUUUUUUACAGGUCAAAUGAAACCAAAGCAGGAAUUCAUUCCCAUCAAAUCACUGUGGUAUUGUCUGCUUUAUGUCCUGGGUAAAACGAGAUUUAGCAUUUUAUAUAUUCUCUUUAUUUCCACCCUAUAGUGAUUUAAAUGUUAACUGAUUAAAACAGUCGAAUACAAUAUUUUGAAUAAACAAACAUAUUUGAAACACUACAUUUAUGUACACACAUAUUGAUAUGAGCAUAUUGUAAUGACCCUGUCAUCAUACAUGUUACAAGGGCGGGCCCAGGAUGGGAGGUUCGAGGGGGCGUAACUUAAAAUGUUGUUAAGGGGGUUUUGGUACUCCCAAAAUAUAAUUUUAACAAUUUCUAGUCCCAAAUGGUACAUUUAAAGUAAACUUGGACGAUUGAAGGAGGAUCGUGCGCCGGAAGCGCAUCUCCCCCUGUAUCCACUAGUGGAAUACUCAUCUGGACAUUAACUUGAUAUUUUACACUUACCUCAGGUCAUUUCUGUUUAAAUUCAA